AAAUUAUGUAGCUUUUUGUCAAUUUUGAGUAUGUAACAUUUUUUAUGUUAAAAUCUUAAGGUUUAUUUUAGUUUUUCUUGUUUCCUUCCAUAGAACUGAUUAAGUAAUUAUUUUAAUGUCGACAUUAAUGUUCUUCCAUAAAUUUCGUGCACAUAAAGGUUUCAUAAAGUUUAAUAAUUAUUAUAAUAAUUGUAUAAUUCUUCUCAGUGAUCUUAUAGAAAGUGUUUAAUUAUUGAUGAAUCUGCCUGUAUAUUAGAAUAUAACUGAUAACUGUAAUGUCAGUAUUGAUCAGUAUAUUGAUCAGUAUUGAUCCGGAUCAGGGAUGCAGCCCCCCCCCCCCCAGAGGACAAAGACUGAACUGGGUCACAGACUGAGGAAGGGAGGAGAUCCACCACAUAAUGUGGACUGAGGAGAUCCUGUGAUGCGGUUCCUGCAGACACAGACUAUAAUAAUAAUAAUAUUUAAUAAUCAAUAAUAAUAAUAUUCUGCUUUUAUCCAACAUGUCGCACUCAGAAACCAUUUUAUACACCGACUGUAACCGGAUAUCCGCUCAUUCAUUUAAAGGACAUUAAACUGGAUCGUGUUUUUCUUCCUCAUCCUCAUCAUCAUGUCCUCUCGGGAUGAAGCUGCUGGCUCUCCUUCUGGGACCGAACCGGUUUGACUGCUUCCAGGUUCCAGUCAGACUCCGACUCCUCAGCCCGCUGACCGACCGACGGAGGGACGAUGGACGCCGGCCACAGUUAGUCUGAGUCCGCGGUGGAAACAAAGAAGCUGCAGACGUGAUCAAGGUGCAGCUGAGAACUGAUAGCGGCUCCGAUAAGGAGGUGAACUAACGGCAUCCUGUCCCACGCAGGAGACCGGGUAAAGUCCCGCUCUGUGGACUGUGGACCCAAAGACCUGCUGAGCGUCUGAUGGAGGACUGUUCACAGCGUCGGCCCGUACGUUUGUGUGGAUCUCUGCUCUCCUGCUGUGAGACGUUUCUGAUCACAGAGUGUCGAUCUGCCGCCGCCAUGUCUCCUCCCGCCUCCACUCGACCCUCGCAGACGUUCCGGCUGCUCAUCGUCGCUGCGCUCCUGCUGAUGAUGAUGUCACUUCCUGUGUCGGCUGUUGAACCGGAGGCGUGUUUCUCCAGACAACACCAGAGUGUCAUCGUCAACGUCAGACUGGCCUUAAACAGACCCACGACCGCCAUGGACGCCCGUGUGGUGCGGUCAGAGCGGGACUGCGUCCUCGCCUGCUGCUCAGAGGAAGUGAAGCCAGGUGCCAAAUGCAACAUGGCUGUGUUCAACGCCAACAAACACGCCGGUGAUGAUAACUGCUUCCUGUUCCACUGUCAGACAGAGCAGGACUGUCCUUUAAUGAAGGCUCAGGACGGCAUCAACACCUACGACAUCUACAAAGGUUUGAUUCAUCCAACCACAGUGAGACCUGUUAUCAUGACGACCACCACUGAACAAACCACCACACUGGCUCCAACUACACCAACAACCACCACACAAGCUCCCACAACAACUACACCAACAACCACCACACAAGCUCCCACAACAACUACACCAACAACCACCACACAAGCUCCCACAACAACAACCACCACAGAAAGUACUUCACCACCGACCAGCACAAUCUCUGCACCAACCACAACAGCACCUCCACCCAUCAUAAUCAUCGCCACAAUGCCUCCACUGACUCCAGAACCCACCACCACAACAACAACAACAACAACAACAGCUUCUACUACGACCAUCUCCACCACAAGAAAGACCAGCAAAAAGCAAAAUAAAGCGACCAAGAAAGCAAAGCCUCAUCCUUCCACUACCACCGCCACCGCCACCACCACCGCUGCCACCGCCCAGACAACUCAGAGCUCCACAACAUCACUUCCUGUUGUAACAGCCAGUAAAGAGGCUGCACCAAGAACUACUGAAAAACCACAGCCCAUCACUGAAACUACAACUCCCACUACUACUACGACUACUACUCCACUUCCUACUACCACCACCACCACCACCACUACUACUCCUUCCACUACCACAACAACAACAACAACAACUCCCACUACUACUACAACAACUACAACUCCCAGUAUUACCACCACUACUAUGACUGCUCCUCCUCUUCCUACUACCACCACUACUACUCCUCUUCCUCCUACUACAGCUCCUGCCACCACUGAUUUGUCCACCACGAGGUCGACUCCAGGAGCAACUCUCGUCAUCGUCCCCAAAGACGCCCUCCAGUCCGAGCACGGCCUCCAGAACUCGAGCGUGCGGGGGAAAGCGGUGGCGGCACGGGGGGCAGUGAAGAGUGGCAUUGUAGCGUUCAUGGUGCUGGGGCUCGCCGUGCUCACGCUUGCUCUGGCUGUCGGUGGUCGCAAGGCGAUGGAGUCAUUCGACAGACGCCAUUACACGAGACUGGAGCUCAAUGACCUGCACUACGAGGUGUGAGGAUGUUUAUGACGGAAGCCCCGAAAGACAAUUAACAAGACUUAAGAUGAGUCCGUUUAAGAUUGUUAGCAUUUGUCUUUUUAAUUUACACAAUAAUGGAAUGUCUACUUCACUAUGUUAAAAACUACAGAGAAUACUCUGAUUCUGAUUGGCCAGAGGGUGCAUUAUUUUCAAAUAACCACACAGCUCUGGCAUAUUGUUUGUUUAUGUUUAUUGUCCUAAAACAGGAGUAAACAAACCUUUGAUCUUUGGUAAGCGGGCGUGGUAUGAGGAUGAUAAUGCAUGACACAUGUGCAGUUAUAUAAAAUAAUGCACUGAUACCUGUGCGUUAUAUAAAAUAAUGCACUGAUACCUGCGAGUUAUAUAAAAUAAUGCACUGAUACCUGUGCGGUUAUAUAAAAUAAUGCACUGAUACCUGUGCAGUUAUAUAAAAUGAUGCACUGAUACAUGUGCGAUUAUAUAAAAUAAUGCACAGUGUGAAGAAAAACUGCCUCUGGCCUCAGCAGCCUGCAUUAUUUUACUAGGAGAUGGCAAUAUGGAUAAAAUCCUCUAUCAUAGAACAUUCUCCUACUUCUUAACUUAGAAUAUUUAAAAUAAUGGAAAAUAACAGUCACACAGCUAAAAAACAUCUGUUUUUCUUUUUUCUCUUGAUCGACAGCACCGAUAUAUCGUUUUAUAUCGAGAUAAAAUAUAUAUUGUGAUACAGUAAAUUUACAAUGCAACACAUGACAAAUCACGAAACAUUGAAACAAUGAUGCCAAAAUUAUCUUUUGUCUCAAAAUCAUUUUAUCAUAUUUGUCACAAUUUAAAAUUCUCAUGUUGUUUUUUUAAAUCUAUGGCAGUUUGUUGCUGCCAAUAUGCCAAAAAUAUUAGCUCAGUUUCUGGUUAUAACAAGAUUUUGAUUCAUUAUGACAUAAUUCCCAAAUUGUUCUGUUUUAACAAAGUUGUUUAUCAUCUUUAUAUUCCUAAUAUUAGACAUCAGUGUAUUUUUUGAAACAAGGAACUUAUAUCACGAUAAGAUUUCGUUAUACAAGAAACUUAAAUUUUUUCCAAAUGAGAAAAACCUCCAAACAAGAAAAUAGUAAAAAAAACAAAUUAUGUUAAUAACAUGAAAACAUUUUAAAGUCACAGUUAAACAAGAAACAUUUCAUCUUGUAAUGAAAAACCGAGCUUUUUUUUGUUAUCCUGGCAGCAGUAUGCCUCCAUAGAACGUCGGAAAUGUCACUUUUCUAAUAAUUGACCUUAAGCCCUGUCCCUUUUAGAACCUCUGUCAACUUCCUGUACUUAGAUUCGCUAUGUGCUAGGCUAAUCUAUGACAUAUAUUCACAUCUAAAGUUAGCUUAUGUUAGCAGAAAUCUAGCAAACUAGCUAGCUAAUCUACAUCAAUCACUAGCUAGUGAAUUAGCCUAUGUUUGGCUAACUGUAGCUAUCAGAUAUAACUAGCUAGCUAAUGAGAUGUCACUAUAUGUCACUUUUAUCCAUUAAUCAUCUUCAAAAACGCUUUGAAACGUAUACUAGCUAGCUAACAAUUAAGUAGAUUAGUUAGAUAGUUAGCUAGUGUUUUGUUAGCAUUAGCUAAGAUGUGAUAUUUUAUCUUAACCAUCUUCAGAAUAUGGUUGUCGUUCCAGCAUAGAUUAGCCUAGCAUAUAGCAUAUCUAAGUUCUGACCGAGGCUUCCUCGACUGUGAUUGGAGCACAGAGCGGAAAGGGGCGGGGUUUAGGAAGGUUGACUGACUUUAGCUGGCUGGAGAGUGAGUUUAGGAAAUGUGAAGUGGGUGAAGAGAAAAGUUUGAUGGAACAAACAGCAAUAUUUUUAUUCCCUGACUCUCAGGAAGGUGUGACGUAACGUAGAGGAACAGAGGAUGUGUGAGCGGACACUGAUCGGGUUAUUGAUGAACCCUUUGUGUAUAAUGAACACCUGCAUGUCUUUUAUCUCACAUGCUUCAGCCAUACGAGCCUGAACCAGCUCAGUCUGGAUGUCACUCUCACUGUGGUGGUUUUGUAUUUUGUCCACAGUUUUCUUGUUUCACUCGUGGAUAAAAAUGUAAACGAUGGAUGCAAUUCUCUAAGAUUGAUGCACUAUUGUAUCCUGUGUUUUUGAUAAUUAUGAUAUGCUUCUUUUUGAAUAUUAGAUUGUUUUUCAUAGGUAAGAGUCACUGGCCGCGCACUAUUUUCCUAUAAUGAUUUGUAUUGGAUGUCGGUGUGUGUGGGGGGGGGGUCAGUGUGCAGACUGCUGCAGCGUCAGUCGUCCACCAGGUGGCAGCAGCAGCCUGAUGAACCUCCUGAGGACACUGAGGAAGCUGCACUGUUGUUCUCACUGCUGUCUGAUCAGUUAAUAUCAUGGAUGAACUGUUUGGUCUUGUUUUGUGAAGUGAUGCUUUUGCAUAAGUUUGGAAUUUGAUGUUUUGUUCUUGUAAGGAUAAAAAAAAAUGUGAUUUUUGAA